AUGGAAGACACAGAAAACUCUCAAACAACCCAAACUCGUUUGCCAGUUGCUACCAACCCAAUCAAUGACCACUCUAGCCCUUUCUAUCUUCAUCCAUCUGAUUCACCUGGAAUGUUGCUUGUCAACACUCUCUUUGAUGGAAAAGGCUAUGCUGGUUGGAGUAGGGCAUUUGUCAUUGCACUUUCUGCCAAAAAUAAGCUUGGCAUGAUUGAUGGUACAUCUGAAGUGCCAAAUACUUCAUCUGCUAACUACAAAGCAUGGACCAGGUGCAAUGACAUGGUCAUAUCUUGGAUCCUCAAUUCUCUCUCAAAGGACAUUGUUGAGUCAGUCCUUUAUUUAAAAACUACACAGAAAAUUUGGAAAGAGUUAGCAACAAGGUUUGGACAGUGCAAUGGAGCACAACUUUAUCAACUCCAAAAGGAGUUAUCAGAUGCAGUUCAAGGUAAUUCUGAUAUUGCAAGUUAUUUCACUAAGGUGAAGAAGAUUUGGGAUGAACUUUAUGCUUUGAUUACUUUUGAUCAAUGUUCAUGUAAAUGCAUCUGUAAUGGUAAGGUGACGACCAUCAAGGCACAUCAUGUCACACCCUUAAUCCGAUAG